CUCGUCUCUCUUUCUUUGUUCCUCUUUCUCUUUCGGGUCGCAUGAUAAUCAGAGACUGUAUAUUGUUGUAAAAGAAUAGAGACAGAGAUAAAGAGGAAGAGGAGCGACAGAGGAAGAGAGAGGAGGGGGGGAAAAGGGCGUUAAAAGACCAAAUUGUCCUUUUGUUUCAUCCAAUUUCCUCUUCUCUCAGAUUCCGAUUCAUUACCCGUCCGCUCACCAUGAACGAGAAGGCCAACGUUUCCAAGGAGCUAAAUGCCAAGCACAGAAAGAUUCUUGAAGGACUUCUUAAACUUCCAGAAAAUAGGGAAUGCGCCGACUGCAAAUCCAAAGGUCCAAGAUGGGCUAGUGUAAAUCUAGGCAUCUUUAUAUGCAUGCAAUGUUCUGGGAUUCACAGAAGUCUUGGAGUACACAUAUCAAAGGUUCGAUCUGCAACUCUUGAUACAUGGCUUCCAGAGCAGGUUGCAUUUAUUCAAUCAAUGGGAAAUGAGAAGGCAAAUAGUUUCUGGGAAGCAGAGCUGCCCCCUAACUAUGACAGGGUUGGGAUCGAAAAUUUUAUUCGUGCGAAGUACGAGGAGAAGCGAUGGACUCCCAAAGAUGGAAAAUCUCAAUCACCUUCUAGAGUUCAUGAUGAAAAGCCAUCCGCGCACUGGCAGAGGUCUGGAGAAAGAAGUGGGCAUAGACUGAGCAGCAGUUCUGAAAAUUUAUUUGAGGAAAGGAAUCACAUUCAGGCAGUGACUACAAAAAAUAGUUUACCAGCUACAAGAAUCAGUAUUCCUGUUCCUCCCAAAGGACCUGAGCAGGUGACACCUCUUCCGCAACCACAACAGGUUGUUCAGAAAGCAGAAUCACAAGAAAUGCCUGCUGAGACAACUAAACAGGCUGCAGAUGUUGCUUCAGCUGUCUCUCCUCCAAAAGUUGAUUUUGCCACUGAUCUUUUCAACAUGCUGUCUGUAGAUAGUCCUAGUGAAAAUGGCUCAGAGGCAUCUUCAAAUGAUGAUGCUUGGGCAGGUUUCCAAUCCGCUGGAGAAGCAUCAUCAACUGAGAAAGCAGGUUCAGCAAAAUCAACUGAGACCAUUACUCUAGCUGCUACUGGGAUUGAAGAUUUAUUUAAAGAUUCCCCUUCAUUAGCAAAUUCCCAAGCCCCACAAAAGCCCCAAAAGGACGUAAAAAAUGAUAUUAUGAGCCUCUUUGAGAAGUCGAAUAUCGUGUCGCCAUUUUUUGUGCAUCAGCAGCAACUUGCGAUGCUGGCACAGCAUCAGUCCCUUCUCAUGGCUGCUGCAGCAAAAUCUGGUGGUGGAGACCCAAAAUUUUCUGCCAGUAAUCCCCAACAAGCAUCCAAUGGUGCCAACUUUCCUACACCAAAUUGGCCAAAUGUUGGUCUCCAAGUUCCUGGAAUGAUGAUGCCGAUGGGUGGACCUGCUGAUUUGCAGAAACUAAUGCAGAAUAUGAACAUGGGACUGACACAUCAAGCAGGGAACUCUGUACCAUACCCAGCACCCAGCUUUUAUACAAUGGAGCAAGUUACCCCAGUUAAUGGCGUGGCAACCCCCACAACCAACAAACCUCAGUCAGCUUCCCCAGUUUCUUCAAGUAGCCAGUCUACUCCAUCACAGUCGGGGAAGGAUUACGAUUUCUCCUCAUUAACCAAAGGGCUGUUCUCAAAAUAGUGAGUGACCCAUGUUUCAUCAUGUUUCUGUUCAUCAUACAACACCAAAUGUUAAAGUUUACAGGAAAACUUAUCACUUCGGGAGUUUUUGUUUUCCUCUGUCUCUCUCUCUCUCUGCUUCUGGCCGUGCUGUCUCGUGUGCUGAAAAAAUGUAAACCAUUUGUAGAUGCAGUUUCCAGUUUUUUUUCCCUGAUAUUAUUUCGGUGAUGCCUUCAUUUGUUUUAGUAGAUGUAUUCGAGAGUAAUAAAGAUGAGUUUAGCUU